GAAGUGGUAUGGUGGCAGACAUCAAGAAGUUUAUGAACUGAGACAUGGGAUUUCGUGUAAUCUUUCUUGGAUAAGCUUUCAUUUGUCAAAUUUAUUGAAGAAUAUUCUACUUCAAAAAAUUAAAACAGCGUGAGCGACUGGAUCGCAAGAUGUAAUUACUUUCAAAACCGUGGAUUUCCAAUUAUCUUCUGCAAUGCAUGGGCAGGAUUGUAGCUAGCCUGCUAGCUAGCCUGUUGGCUGGCUAAUGACUUCAGUUAGCUGAUUUUCAUUUCGUCACGUAAUUUAUUUUCCUGUAGCUAGCUGGGUACCUGAGAUGGCUGAAUUCUUACCUUAAUGAACAUGAAAUUCGCCGUGCUUGUAAAAUAAUUUGUUUUAAAUGGUGUUGCGUCGCUUUGUAUACCAGGGGAUUUACAAUAAACAAAGGAUAUAACGUUAGCUAGCUAGCCUGCUAGCUAACCAAAAACAAACAGUGGAUCCAGCUCAUCGAUAAAUGCCGAGCUCGGAGGCGGCGCAAGAGGGUCGGGGACGGAGCCCCUCUGAGCACAGAAAUCCCCGAGACAGACGAAGUAGAGUACCUAGUAGUACACUAUCUCAGGGCGAGAAACACCGGGAAAAGAGGCAAUCGUCGUCCUCAAGCCGGAAGAAACACAGACAUGCCAGGGACAGACACCAGCCGCAAAUAGAUGAACCGAACAGUGAACGGAGGAGUGUGUUUGAGAGGGACGGUGAACUCAGGACUUUGGUGGAGUACGACGACAUCAGCUCCCAAUCGGAGGGCUUCUCCGGGAGUCCCUCUCCUAAACCCGAUCCCCAUAGUCAGAGGUUUUUAUUGCAGCGUUUGAACGAAGUGGAGUUCCUGGGUGGGACCUGUCCAACCGCGUCGCCGGCCAGGAGGUCCAGAAAAGAGCGACAUACUUCGCAUCCCAGGAAAGAUGGACAGAGCCGUUCGAACGAAAGGAGUAGAGUCGAGAGGGAGGACAAAAGAAAUGACCACCGGAGCCGAGAGCGAGAUCCUUCCUUCAAGGCUCGAAGCGGCACUAGCAGCAACAAACACAGCAGGGAGGGCGGCAGGAACGACAGUAAUGGCAAGAACAAAGCUCCGCCACCACUGAUGGCGUUGGACAAAAAGGAAUCGAAGCAGGCUAAAAGUAGAACAAGGCCGGAAAAGGAACCCCCAUCUGCGUACAGAGACACCCCAAAGGCGUACCGGGAUGACCGCGAGGAGCCCAAGGCCUACAAAAGAAGUCCAAUGUUUAAAGAAGAAAGUCCAUAUGGGGCGUCUUACUCGCAGGGCUAUGGUUACCAGUCGCCGGGCGCCGGUUACAAUCAGUUCAUAUCCAGAAGAAGCCCUAGCUACGGGAACAAGAGGCGCUCCCCCAGUCCAAAUUACUAUGGUCGGGACGUAGAGUUUUACGGUUCCUACAACUCCAAGUCACCUGGCACAUACUCCAGUAACAAGCGGCAAAGGUCUCCCACGAGUCCGUACAGUAGACGGAGAUCUCCGAGUUACAACAGAAAUAGCCCAUACGAACAAGGUGAAAUUGCAUCUAGCCCUUACAGUAAUCGACGACGUUCAAGAAGCCCCUACCGAAAGUCAUUCAGCCCAAGCCCCGACCUCAGGCGAGCCGGGCGGUCCCGGAGCCGGAGCCCGUACCCGUCGGCCCGGCGCUCGCGGUCCCGCAGCCGGCACCGCCGCUCGCGGUCCGGCAGCCGCCCGUCCAGCCUGUCGCCCAGCACCCUCACCUUCAAGAGCAGCCUGGCCGCCGAGCUCAGCAAGCAGAAGAAGGCCAAGGCCGCCGCCCGCGCCAGGGGCUCCGGCGACACCCCCGCGCCCGCCAAGGGCCCCGCCCACGUAUCCGCCGGCCCCGCCCCCCAGCCCAGCCCCGGCCCCGCCUCCGUCUCCGCCUCCGUCUCCGCCCCGGGCCACGGUCCUGGACCUGGCACUGGCACCAAGAAGACCCGGCCCCCCUCGCCACCCCCCGAGAAGGGCCCCCGGACCCCGCCGUCGCAGUCCCCGGAGGACGCCCCCCCGAAACGCCAGGCGGCGCCCCCCCAGCCCAGUAAGGAAAGCAGGGCGAAAGAAGACCCCCCUGCUCCCACCCCCACCACCACCCCCCGGGAAAAGAAGAAGCCCCCCGCCGCAGGGCAUGGCGGUAAAGACAAGGAGCGGGUGAACGUCCCCCCCGCGUCCACGCUGGCCGCCCUGCCCCUGCCCCCCACCCUCCUGGAGCGCCUGGACACGGUGGAAAGUUUGAAGGAUUGCCUGCCCCCACGCUCGGGCAAGAAGAAGUCGGAGCACAAGCCCCCCCGGCCCCUCCUCAGCGACCUCCCCCUGCCCCCGGAGCUGCUCGGAGGCGACCCCGGCUCCCCCCAGAGCCCCCCCGAAGACAAGAAGUCCUCGACCCGCCGCAGGCCCAAAAUCUGUGGCCCCCGGUUUGGUGAAAUCAAGGAGACGGAAAUCGACUGGGGGAAGCGCUGCGUGGACAAGUUUGAGAUCAUCGGCAUCACCGGGGAGGGUACCUACGGACAGGUGUACAAGGCUAAAGACAAGGACACCGCCGAAAUGGUGGCACUGAAGAAGGUGCGGCUGGACAACGAGAAGGAGGGCUUCCCCAUCACCGCCAUCCGCGAAAUCAAGAUCCUGCGGCAGCUCAACCACAAGAGCAUCAUCAACAUGAAGGAGAUCGUCACCGACAAGGAGGACGCCCUCGACUUCAAGAACGACAAGGGAGCUUUCUACCUGGUCUUCGAGUACAUGGACCACGACCUGAUGGGCUUGCUAGAGUCGGGCCUGGUCCACUUCAACGAGAGCCACAUCAAGUCCUUCAUGCGGCAGCUGCUGGAGGGCCUGGACUACUGCCACAAGAAGAACUUCCUGCACCGCGACAUCAAGUGCUCCAACAUCCUGCUCAAUAACAAGGGGCAGAUUAAGCUCGCAGAUUUCGGCUUGGCGAGACUCUACAGUUCAGAGGAGAGUCGGCCGUACACCAACAAGGUGAUCACGCUGUGGUACCGGCCCCCGGAGCUGCUCCUGGGGGAGGAGAGGUACAGCCCCGCCAUCGACGUGUGGAGCUGCGGGUGCAUCCUGGGAGAGCUGUUCACCAAGAAGCCCAUCUUUCAGGCCAAUCAGGAGCUAGCCCAGCUGGAGCUCAUCAGCCGUAUCUGUGGCAGCCCCUGCCCCGCGGUGUGGCCGGACGUGAUCAAGCUGCCCUUCUUCAACACCAUGAAACCAAAGAAGCAGUACCGCCGCCGCCUGAGGGAGGAGUUUGCAUUUGUCCCCCCCACCGCCCUGGACCUGUUUGACCACAUGCUGGCCCUGGACCCCAGCAAGCGCUGCAUGGCAGAGCAGGCCCUGAACAGCGACUUCCUCAGGGAUGUGGACCCCGCCAAGAUGCCCACUCCGGACCUCCCCCUGUGGCAGGACUGCCACGAGCUGUGGAGCAAGAAGAGGCGGCGGCAGAAGCAGCUGCCCGAGGAGAUGACCGCCCCCAAGGCGCCCCGCAAGGACCUGGGGCUGGACGACAGCCGCAGCAACACCCCCCAGGGCUGCCCCGCCCCCGGCCCGCCCAAACCGCCGGGCGGCUCCGCCUCGGGACCGCUGGACUCGAAGGCCCCCGGCUCUCAGCUGACCCCAGACCAGCUGGCAGUGAUGGUGAACCUGCUGCAGUCCAAGACGUCGGUGAGCAUGGCGCAGUUCGCCCAGGCCAUGAACAUCAAGGUGAACCCCGAGACCCUGCAGCAGCUCACCCAGGUCACGCUGCCCGCGGGGGUCCUGCCCGACGCCGAGCGGCCCCCCGAGCCGGCCGCCCCGCCCCCGGAGCCCCCGGCUCCCCGCACCCCGCCCCCGCCCCCCCCAGGCCCGGCGGAGGGGGAGGCGGCCUCUGUGGCCGUGCAGAGCGCCAUGACCGUGCUCAUCGCCCAGCUGCUCAAGGUGCAGCAGUCGCAGAUGAAGACCCCCGUCGGGCCGCCCGAGCUGGCAGAGGCCCCCGCCGCCGCCCCUCCUAGCGGGACAGGGGGGCAGGAGCCACCUGCAGAGGCGCAGCAGCAACCCCCCGAGCCCAGUACACCUCCACCUGCCUCCCCAGUGUCUGAGGGUAGCGGGGGGUCCGUCCCGCUCCAGCUGUCCAUCCUGCCCCCCGACCAGAGGCCCCCGGAACCCCCUGAGCCCCCUCCUUCCAGCGAGGACCUGGACUACCGGCUGGCGCCCGAGGCCAGCGGCGGGCCCAAAGCCCUGCAGCUGCACAACAGCGAGGGAGGCGGGGCCCCGGAACCCGACUACCUGCCUCCCCCGCCCCCUCCUCAGCCCGAGGCUCCGCCCCCUCCCAGCUUCGCCCCGCUGCCACCGCCCCCCUUCCCGCCCUCGGGCUACGCGGGCGAGGGCUUCGCGGCCGGCUACCUGGCGGGGCUGCCGCCCCACGCCCUGAGGGACGUCUUCAGCGCCGCGCCCGCCCCUCCCUCCUCCUCGUCCUCCUCCUCUUCCUCCUCCUCGUCCGCCGCCCAGCCGCGCCCGCCCGGCUACCAGGAGGCCUUCCCCCACGGCGGGCUGGGGCUCUUCAGCGGAGACAAGGACCACCGCUUCGAGUACAAUCACAGCCCCCUGCCCGAGGGCCUGCCGCACCCAGCCGGUCUCCACGGAUACGGCGUGGGCCGGCCGGACGCUCCGCCCCCGGCCCCGCCGCCUCAGCUCCACCCCCCCGGCCAGGCCUGGGGCUCCCCCUCCCAGCCCGGGGCCCCGCCCUUCCCCCCCGGCUUCAUGCCCCACAUGAACGCAGCGGCACUCAGGGGGCGGGGCCUCCCCUUCUGAAAGGGGGUCGGGGGUGGGAGCGGCUCGUGGCAGGAUUUGGCGGGGCUCGCCCGGUACUGGACGCGGACGCCCCCCCCUCAGAACCCCGGUCACGGAGGGAGGAGGAACGGGGGGGGGUCGGGGGGAGACACACACACUGACAUUACGUUUGUAGUAAUUAAGAAUUAAUUUCAGUGAAAGUAAUUUUCCCUGUAUCCGGGAAAGAUAAUGCAGCAGACGGAGGGGACUUCGGCGAGGGCUCCCUCGCUCUUACCAUUUCGUAUUGUUUUUAAUCUAUUCUACUGCUGUCUUUUAAAUUAAACUUUUACCUUUUUUGAGUGCACAUUUACUAGAGGAGCAGGUAAUCGUUUUUACCCGUAUUUUAGUAGUUUUAUCAUUUGUAAUUGCUUUAGGGCACACUAGCGCUAAAGGUUCUCCGCUGCUGAAUUAGCAGCUGGAGGCUGUUUAGGUAUGAGAUUUUAAACGAGCUGCCUGUGCAGAGAGUUUAAUAUAGAUUUGGACCAACUACAUUUAACGCGAAUCCAGACGAGGUCUAACGCAGGCACUGGAAGUUCGGUCUUCUGUGGAGAAAUGAUUUUUUUCUUCUUUUGAAACGCUGACUGUUUUAAAGACGAUAGUCUGCCGUGUCCUUUUUUUUUUUUUUUUUUUUGGAAAGUUCACGAUAUCGCUGUAGGCUUUCCUCGGUCGGCUGUUGUAAAAUCAAAGCCAUAAAAAAAUAAAAUAAUAUACAAAUCAACAAAUUAAAAGCCCCAGUUUUAAAAUAAAGGCAACAGUGUCUUUUUGUACAAUGAUUUUUUGUUUCCCCUGCAAAUGUUUAUUAAAGAAAUGCAAACUGAA